AUGUCGUACCGCGAGCUGCGAAACUUCAAGGAGAUCAUGUGCACGCUCGGCUAUCCGCGCCUGAUAUCCAUCGAGAAUUUCCGCAAACCCCACUUUGAGCUGGUGGCGGACGUGCUCAUCUGGCUGUGCCGGAGGUACGACAAGAAGAUGCAAAUCCUCGACGAGAUCCGCACCGAGGGGGACCGGAUAGCGUUUCUGAAAUCAGCCGCGGAGCAACUGCUGGCGCGCGUGCAGUGUGUCAUCCCACACUGGCCUGCGGCGCAGGUGCGAGCUCGAGUGAAGCUCAACCUCAAGAACCUCUACCAGGCGAAUGGGUUUGCAGUCAAGGAGCUGCUCAAGGUGGCGGCCCUCCUCCACCAGGCGCACCGCGGGGCCACCGACGACGACGAGCAGAACGAGCUCUCCUUUGACCUGGGGCCAGGACAUGCCUUUGCUGACCUCAAGACGACUCGCGCGAUCUCUGCAGACAUCACCAAGUACGGUGCCGCUCUGCACGAGGCGCUGGAAGGGCACGCAGACGCAAAGGAGGCUGCCGCUCGUGCGCUGGGCAAGCAUCACGACGCCGACUCGAUGCACAAGCAGCUUGCGAGGCGGUCGCGGCACAAUGUCCGACGCAACAGCCCUGCGGUGCCUGACGCUCACUUGUUUGUGCAAAGGCUUGCGGAGGCGUCUGCUGAGGAGGCGGAGAGCUGGGCAGAUAAGCAUGCCUUUGCCUCCCUGACUCCUAUCAUUCGCUCCCGGCUCAUCCCCGGGCUCUGUCUAAAGGCCAAGAUUGACAAGAAGCGGACCGAGCUCGAUCGGCAGCUGAAGCGGCUAGCGUCUCUCCAGUCGGCGGAUCUCAACGCACAGUACAGCAGCUAUGUCAGCCUCUGGCGCAACCUCACCUACCUCGAGGGCGAGGGCGCUUGCACGAGCGCCACCGCGCUUCAGCUUCCUACUUGA